AUGGUACCCACCAUUGUUCGUGGUCAUAGGUUGCAUGGAUAUCUCAAUGGCACCAAAAUGUGCCCAUCAGAAUUUAUUCCAGUUACUGGUGAAGCCAAAUAUGAAGGCGAGUUGGAAACUAACCCUGAGUAUGAACAAUGGAUCAUUAAUGAUCAACUACUCAUGGGUUGGCUUUACAGCUCUAUGACCGAAGGAAUUGCCACUGAAGUCAUGGGAUCCACUUCUGCAGCAGGUCUCUACAGAGCUUUGGAAAUCCUUUAUGGAGCCUACUCUAAAUCCAAGAUGGAUGACACAAGGAUCCUUAUUCAGACUGUUCGCAAAGGCUCAACACCGAUGGGGGAAUAUCUACGGCAAAAGAAAAAUUGGUCUGACAUUCUUGCUCUUGCAGGUGACCCUUAUCCAGAGGCACACCUUGUGGCCAAUGUUCUAUCUGGUCUGGAUGCAGAGUACCUAUCAAUUGUGGUACAAAUUGAAGCAAGACCGAGUACAACUUGGCAAGAAUUACAAGAUAUCCUUCUAAGUUUCGAUAGCAAAAUCGAGAGGCUGCAGACCCUUACCAUUAGCAACAAAACAACCAAACCUACAAAUCCUCAAGCCCACAUUGUUGCUAAAAAUAACUCUGGAUCCAACUCAGCAGGACGUGGUCGUGGAUCAAGCAAUCAAACUUAG